AAAGUGGGUGAGAGAGAGAGGGGAUGAGUGAACGUGUCGCGACAUUUGAUCGUAAUGAUCAUGAUAUGGUAUAAAGUGUAUUUCAUAAUUAAGCUGUCAUGUGUACGUGUAUAUUAGAAAGUAUAAGUAAAGUAAUAUUAAAAAUUUGAGAUAGGCAUUAUUACAAUAAAGAAAAUCUCAAAGUAGGAAUACGUAAAAAAUUUGAGGAUGCGAUGCCCGCACGUAGACGACACGUUGGUUACGAGUUAGAAAAUGAUUUUGUGAUUACAAACUUGAACAGUGAAUGGCGAGAUACUGACACGAAGCAGCAAUAUUAUAAUAAAACUCGUAAUGUCGGUGGUUUAGAGGAAAAUCAUUUUAAGCAACGUGAUAUACCACCAUCACCAAUAACUAUGACGGCACGCGAUAGAACUAAUGAAUUUAUUAAUACUAUAAGGACAAUGCAGGAUAGAACAGUCGUUAGAACAACCAACCUGCAAAAUCCAAGAAGAGCGAGGCAAAUGCAAAGCUAUUCCAAUUUUAUGAUGGUCGCUAAGAGUAUCGGAAAGAACAUUGCAAACACUUAUACCAAAUUAGAGAAACUUGCUCUACUUGCUAAAAAGAAAUCUAUAUUUAACGAUAGACAAAUGGAAAUCGAAGAAUUAACAAACAUUAUAAAGACGGAUUUAAAAAGUUUAAAUCAUCAAAUAGGGAAGUUACAAGAUAUGGGAAAAAUUCAACGAGAAAGUUUUUCUUCUUCUCAAGGAAAUCAUAUUGCUUCUCAUUCUUCGUCUAUAGUGAUGGCCCUACAAUCAAAACUUGCAAAUAUGUCUAAUCAUUUCAAAAGUGUUCUAGAAGUUCGUUCGGAGAAUAUGAGGGAAGAACAAACCAGAAGACAACAAUUUUCGCAAGGAUCUGUAUCUACUAUGUUACCUCCCAGUGUAGUUUCUGGAAAACAAGGUUCCUUAUUACUUCAAGAACAAGAAUCUAGUUCUUCAGUUGCUAUAGAUCUUGAACCAGCAAUGAGUCAAUUGUCAAUGCAACGAGUUUUACAAGACGAUACGGACGCGUAUGUUCAGUCGCGCGCAGAGACUAUGCAAAAUAUAGAAUCAACAAUAGUCGAACUAGGUGGCAUUUUUCAACAACUGGCUCAUAUGGUUAAAGAACAGGAAGAGAUGGUAGAAAGAAUAGAUAGCAAUGUAGAAGAUACUGAAUUAAAUGUGGAAGCUGCACAUGCUGAAAUCUUAAAAUAUUUUCAAUCAGUAACAAAUAAUAGGUGGUUAAUGAUUAAGAUAUUUGCUGUCCUCAUAUUUUUCUUUAUCUUUUUUGUAGUAUUUUUGGCAUAAGAUUCUUUAAGUAUAUCUGUUUUUAAGUAUAUUUAAGUAUAUCUGUUUACAUUUAUCAGUUUUAUUUUACUGUCCAUAUUCAGUACUUGUGAUAAAGUAAAUAUAAUCCAAAAAGAAUUUAAUUUUUAUGGGACAUGUAUAACGUAGAACUGUAGAAACACUUAACUGCAUUCCUUAAUACUUCCACUAAAUUAUUAAUUAUGCAAGUGUUAAGUAUUAACUAAAAAUUAUUAUUACAAAAAAAAAAUACAUAGCUUUUAAUUAUUACUAUAAAGAAGAGGAUUUCUGAUAUUGGAAAAUAAAUAUGUAAUUUUUAAAACUUAUGUAAAAUGUAAAAAAAAUAAAUAUAGGGAAGAAAGGAAGAAAAGACGAAAAAGAAAAAAUAAUUUCAUGUGGAAAACAGUGUUCAUAUUUGUAAAUUAAUAUAAUUAUAUAUAAAUAUAUAUAAUUAUCCUUCGUUGUUGCUUAUGCUUUAAAAAAAGAAAAAAACAAACAAAAAAGAAACUAUUUUAGAAUUUUAUACAACAUAUAUAAUGCUUAUGUGACGAAUAGAAGCUUAGAUAUUUUGUAUAUAUAAUACAAUGUACUAAAGAAAAAUAAUGUAUGAUAUUAAUUGAUGAUAAAUUUUUUAAAAUAAAUUGCAAUUUAUUUUUAAUUUAUUAAAAUCAUAAUAACAGCAUUUUUAUUUAUGUUGAUUGCAAUACUCAAUAUUAUAAUGUUGUUUGAAUUUAUUUCAUACUUUGAAAUAGAAAACAAAUACUUUUUACAGAAUGAUUUUUUGAAUCAUUGGAUCUUUCAAAAAAUGUUUUAUUUCAAUGUAUAGCAAUUUCUUUCAAUAUUCCCUUUUUUAUUUUUAAUAAUAAUGAUUGUUGACAUUAGCAUAAUUGUAGCAAUGCUGUAAAAAAUUCUCCGAGUGAUUUCACAUAAGAUGGUAAUAUAAUAUUUAUGGACUUAUUGGAUAAUAAACAGUAUUUACAAAAUAUGUUCAAAUGAAAAA